CUUUUCCCGUGAUGUGGGUGCGUUAAUGGGAUACGUGUCGCCAAGCAUGAAACAAUAGCACGUGUUUCUGUCCUUGUCUGAUUCAGCGCUGCUAGGAAUCGGUUCCUCUUCAUGCUAUCCUUCGAGAGAGACCCUUCCCUCUGUUAGUGCGUGCCUCACCCUCGCGGAUGACACUCCGUUCGGGCUCCACAACAAGUCUCACUUGCAUCCACGAAUUUGCAUAACUUCCGCGCGAUAUCUAAACGAAGUGCGCAGACAAACUUUUACAUAAGUUUACACAAUUUCGUUUUAUCGCAUUUUUGUUAAUUUCAUUUUUUGUGUUUGUGUAAAAGUGAAUACGUGGAUCGUCCCUUGUGUGUUUUAAAUUUCAAUGUUACCUUUCUUCCACGGAUGGACUUUUACUUAUAUUUAAUUGUGGCUUGUUAAAGUACUGUUGAUUGUUUCGUAACACGCAAUUUUGUGAAAAGGUAUAUUGAUAUAUAAUAUUGAUAUAUAAAGAAAUGAACGCAGAGGAGAUAAAAGUCGGAUGCUUUCAAGUAAUCGUCGUGUUGCUGCUUGGUAUCAAUUAUGUCAUAGUGGCUAUGAACCAUGCGUUACCCGUGUUUCAUAAUUAUACGCCUAAAUUUUAUUGUCAAAUGAAGAAUGGAACGAGACGAACGUAUGGUUGCCAGGAGCAUAGCAACGUGACUGUCGCAUUUAACGAUACUUCCGGUAUUAAAGAAUCCUCGGAUGUAUGUUUCGGUGAAUACCAAUUCGAUACGAAAUUUGGGGAAAAUAGCGUUGUUACGGAAUGGCGUUUAAUUUGUGACAAACGAUAUCUGACGUAUCUUGGUCCGACUGUUUAUUACAUUGGGGUUUUAAUGGGCGCCUGGAUUGCUGGAGUUUUGGCGGAUCGCAUAGGCAGACUUCCGGUUCAAGCGAUUUGCCUUUAUACUCAAGGCACGAUGGCUGUUGCACUAUAUGUUGUACAGAAUUACCCCACGUUUCUAGCCCUUCGUGGAUUGCAAGGCGUCUUUGUUCAAGGCCUACAAAAUUCGACAUACAUUCUUUCUUUGGAAUUAUUUCCUGCGAAAGCACGGACCUUCGUUGCAUUAAUUAUGCAAAUUGCAUGGGCCAUCGGUUUAGUGCUCUUAGCGGCGCUUAGCUACGUUAUACCUGACUGGAGAAUUUUACAAUUGGCGAUUUCAGUUCCAACCGCAAUAACUGUGCUAUACAUUUGGAUGAUACCGGAGUCACCAAGGUGGUUAUUAGCGAAGGGUAAAACGACGGAAGCAGACAUGGCAAUAGAACGUAUCACGAAGUAUAAUGUCUGUUGCACGAGAUCGCGCAGAGAAACUGUUAAAACUAAUUCGAACAUUUCUGAAAAUGCGACACCGAUUAAACCCGAAAGAAAAUCGCGCGUUUCAUGCGCAGAUUUGAAGAAAUCUAAGACCGACAGCGAAGUGAAGGAAGAAGCUGCAAAUUUAUUGAAUACCAAUGUAGACACAGCUCAACAAAAAGUUCGAAAAACGAGUUUGAAGGCGAUUUCAGAAAAUAUAGAGAAGUCUCCGAAAUCGGAAUUGGAAUGUUCGCAGCUUGAAAAUGGGGAAGUUAUUAAAAAAAGUGUUCCUUCGAGUUCGAAAAGUCAUCGGAAAUCGAAAUCGAUAUCGCAGCCGGCUUGUAAUCAACGGCCUCCUAUGAACAAUGCGUACGACACCGUAGAAUUACGAGCAACCACGAAUAAUGAAAUAUCCAACAAAGAAGAGAAAAAGGAGUGUAACAAAGUCGAAGGAAAUUUGAAUAAUCUAGUCCACGCAAAGGAAGAAUUAAUGACAGUAUUUAAGUCUAUAUUAGUAAGGAAGUAUGGCAUUUUAAUGGUUUGUCAAUGGUUCACUUCUUCCGUAGCCUGUUAUGUCUUUAUGUCACUCGCUCCGACAUUUCCCAUCAAUCGACACAUUGCAUUUGCAUUAGGCGCCGCAUUAGAAAUCGCAACAUAUGUCCUCGUUUAUUUCAUAUUAUCCAGAUACGGCAGACGAUUACCAAUGUCUUUGUACCAAUCUAUCACCGGUACAAUUUGUAUUUCACUCGCAGCUAUAAUUAUAUUGUCAAAUCUUACGCCUGCAAUUGAUCUUACGAAAACCUUAAUGCUUUUACUGGGUAGAGUAACAGUGUUGAGUACCGUUUUCGUAGCAUACUUAUACACAAUUGAGAUAUUUCCAACCGUUUUACGGGGAACCUGUUUAGGCUUGUGCAUCGUUUUUGCGAAAAUCGGCAAUCUGUGCACGCCACAUGUAUUAUUAUCUGUCAAAUACUUUCCAAUCAGCAUUCCGUUAAUAAUAAUCGGAAUGCUUUGUUUAGUCUCUGGAGUGCUUGCUUUAAUUUUGCCAGAGACAUUGAACAAAGUUUUACCAGACACGACGGAAGAUUCUGAAUUGUUGAUUGUAAAAAGAAGGGAGAAAAAGUAUCAUGAAAGUUUGAAUAACGAGAACAUACCUCCAACCGAAGAUGUUUCAGAAAAGGAAAUAUUGCGAGCGAAAUUAUUUUCCGAAGAUUGGGUGGACGCAGGAAAUGGUAUUUUAGUAAAUUUUACAGAAACUAAAAAUUCCGAAUGAAAUAUUUCCGAAACUUUAUACAAGUGCGUAAGGUAAUAUUAUAAGGCCGUUGAAUUGUUAAUUGAAUGCGUUAAAUAUUGAAACAACUAAAACAAUUCUCACUGCCCGUUAACACGUUCGAAAGUUAAAACGAUGAGACGUGGUGAUACAAAUUUUGAUAUAUUUGCAUUUUAAAGGCUGAGACGACGACAUUACUCUUUUAUCAUCUUGUUUAAUGUUAGCAUGUUUUGUAUCUUGAAUGUUAAAUAAAUGUGUUUGUAAAUAGAGUUGUGAUAUGAAUUUGCGAAAAUAAUCGUUCGCGUAGCUUUUAGAACAUAGUUACAAUUCUUAUUAUAUAAUUAAAUUAAUAAUUGUAAAUACAUUUUGCUGGGUAUCGAGUAUGUACUGUAAAAAUUGGUAUUAUAUAGUUACACACACAUAUUUUACUAUUUUAUGAAAAGUGUACUGCUUUAUUUUCAUCUCUUUACAAAUAAGG